AUGGCUGAAUUUAUGGAUACAAAGACAAGAGGAAGAGACACCUCUCCUUUUGCUGUUACUAUACCUAGCUUCUUGCUGCAGCAGCAGCAGCAGCAGCAGGAGCAGCAGCAGACACGACUUGCUGCUUCUUUUGCUUCUUUUGGUGUAACAGAAGAGGGAGGAGAUGCAGCAGCAGCAGAUGCAGCAGCAGCAAACGCAAACAGAGCAGCAGCAGACGGGACAGAUGCUGCAUAUAUUGCUGAUGCUGCUGCUGAUGCUGCAGCAGCAGCAGCAGCAGCAGGAAAAGGACGAAUAGAGAUAACAGCAGCAGGAUCUGCUGCUGGUCCUCCUAUAGAGUCCUCUAUUAUAACAGCAACUAGUCCUAAUGCAGCAGCAACAGGAGCAGCAACAGCAGCAACAACAGCAGCAGCUGCUGCUGCAGAUCGCAAUGCAACCCGUCCUCCUGCUGCUGCUGCUCCUGCUGCUGCUGCUCCUGCUGCUGCUGCUCCCUUUGAUAUGCUGCUGCAGGCAGGAAUUCUAUCAGGAAAUUCCUUAAAGGAAAUCGUUAGCGGAGCACUAGAGGAAGCAGAUGCAGCAGCAGCACCAGCAGCAGCACCAACAGCAGCAGCAGCAGCAGACAAGGCAAAUAAACAAAAGUAA